AUGGCCAGCGUACAACUACAAUCGCCCAGCAUGACAGACUAUCGAUUGCCAAUGCAUCAAGUUCCAUCCCGGAAGCCGGUCUCUACGGCACCGCCGGGUCAACAGUUCCAGGCCUAUCAUAAUGGUGGUUAUCCGCAGCAGCAGCAGUACCGGCCUCAACAGCAGCCACCACAGCAACUCUCCCAGCAUCCUUCGGUCGCCUCUCUCCAGCACAGUCGGCGUCGGACAUCCUCCUCGAAUGCCCUCCCCUACAAUUCACACCAGCAGCAGCAACAGCAACAACAAUACCAGCAACCCUACACUACCGGGCCUUCUCCGCAACACAGCAUGACCGUUCCCCACAACCCUUUGGCGAGACGGCUGUCUAGUGCAACUACCUCGACCACCUCGACCGGAAACAACCCCACAAAUCAGGACAUCCGUCGGAGUUCAUCGUCGCGCUCAGGGAACUCUCAGAUGAGCUACGUUGCCCUGCUAAGGCGGCAAAAGGCAACGGUUUGGUGUGACCGUGCACAGCCGGAGGAUCCCCGGCUGCGGGCCCAGAAGCUGGUGGAUAAGAAGCGGGCAUAUCUUGAAGUUCAUGGUGCAGGCACUGGACGCGCAAGUACGCUCGGAAGCGGGAAGGGCAAGCAUGGUAUCAAGGUCACAGAUCUCUCUCCGUCUGCGCUUGUCGGAGCGACCGUACCUGUUCGACUGAGCGCCAACGAGAUUGGUGAUGCGGACGAUGACGCGAAUAGCGAGAGGGGCUUCCCUUAUCGCCGGACGGGGAGUGGGCGAAGUUCCAUUGGCAGCGGUCACCGUUAUCCUAGCGGGUACCAGCGGAAUACGCAAGGCACAAUGGGAAGUAACAGUCCUCCUCCUAAUGAGAAGAAUGAUCUACCGGGCGUGUCUGAGCAUCCUUCUACGGAUAAGCCGGAGGAGCAGAAGGACACUGGAUCUAUGAAGGACAAUGCCACCACCAACAGCAAGGACAGCGAGCAAGAGGAUAGCUUUGGAACCGUUGGUGAUUUGGGCGCGCCCAGUGCGGCCACUCUUGCUGCCGAAAAAGCCAAGAAAGCGGCCGACCUCCGGCGACGAGGCAGUGUGGACGAAAGAACAACCUCGAUGACGAACGUACGACUGUUUGUCGCAAAUCCGGAUUUAAGCGAUUAA